GGAGUACACUCAUAGAACAGUGAGAGGUUUUUGUUGUCUGGGCUGAGAUUGAAUAAAGGGGAACUCAGAUUGGUGUUAGCAAAUUCGUGGGUACAUGUGUUGUUGUACAGGUCCGAGCGGGAAAGCGUCAUGCUCUGUGAGGAGGAAUCCUGGUGGGCCACAGUACGACGGACGAGGACGGCCGGUCAAUGGAGGAAUGCGUUCCACGGGCAAAAAGGAGGAAGAUGAGCGGGAAGAGGAAAACCAGAGGGAGCAUGGUGAAGGCCUGAGGAGAUGCAGGGGGCAGACUAGGUGUCGCCUUUUGAGAGAAGAAAGCUGGCGCGCUCGAAGGGGCAAGAAAAUUCUUUCAAAACCGUAUCAUACCCGCACUGCCCGCCGAAACCCCUGCACCGAUCACACAAGCUAUUAUUUGCAUUCCACUGCAACCCAAAUCCUUCGGCUAGAGCUUCAACCAGAUUUUCCUAGCUCAGACACUGACUUUCUCGACAGACUGGAUUUCGGAUUGGUUUGCAGCCAGAACAGCCCGGUCAUCGCAACUACCCAAGGAGGCGCUGAUUACAGUCGCAAUAGAAGCCAGGUCGGCCAACUCACUGAGAUUUCUAAUGAGGAAAUAGCCGGACAAGGUGGCUGUGUUUACAUUACAAGUAAAAUUACUGAAGAACUCAAUUUCCUUAUUUGGUGUAGGAGUUGGGAGGAGGAGGGCAAUGAUAUUAGAGCUGGAAUCCGGGGAAGCCACAGUAGUCCGGCCUGUCUGAACCCCAGAAAGGAUAGCCAUAUUCUCAAUGUUUCCACAGGCGAACGUCCCGUUGCAGUUCAGAUAACGUUCAUCCAUAGAGGAUGCGAAUUUAGGAGCAUGGAUCAAGACGAAGGUGAUGAUGAUGAAGAGGAAGAAAGACCAAGGGAGGUGAAGGGGAUGCAUUUUGUCCGAUCAAACAGGAGAAUGAAAAAAAGAAGAAGAUGGGGAUGAAGUGGUUUUAACUAUUAAUUAUGAUGAUGCAAAAUGGUAGUGUUUGAAUGAGUGAAAGGGUUAUUAAUUCUAUUGGAACGACUAAUCUAGUGGCGGUCAAAUGAAAUUAGGUAGACUAA